UCCUCUGCUAAACUGAGCGGAGCUUGCCAAAGAAGCACGUGAGCUGCUGGAUGGAGCUGGUUGCUGGUAGCUACGAGCAGGUCCUUUUUGGAUUCACUGUCCGCCCGGAUUCCGAGGCAAGCGGCGACCACGAGAAAUGGUCCCUGGUGGCUGACUUCACUCAUCAUGCUCACACUGCCUCCUUGUCAGCAGUGGCUGUAAAUAGUCGUUUUGUAGUCACUGGGAGUAAAGAUGAAACAAUUCACAUUUAUGACAUGAAAAAGAAGAUAGAGCAUGGGGCUCUAGUGCAUCACAAUGGUACAAUAACAUGCUUGAAAUUCUAUGGCAACAGACACUUAAUCAGUGGAGCAGAAGAUGGACUCAUCUGUGUCUGGGAUGCAAAGAAAUGGGAAUGCCUGAAGUCAAUUAAAGCUCACAAAGGACAUGUGACCUUCCUUUCUAUUCAUCCAUCUGGCAAGUUGGCCCUGUCUGUUGGUACAGAUAAGACAUUAAGAACAUGGAAUCUUGUUGAAGGAAGAUCAGCAUUCAUAAAAAACAUAAAACAAAAUGCUCACAUAGUGGAAUGGUCUCCCAGGGGAGAGAAAUACGUAGUCGUCAUACUAAAUAAAAUAGACAUCUAUCAGCUUGACACAGCAUCCGUCAGUGGCACCAUCACAAAUGAAAGGAGAAUUUCUUCUGUUACCUUUCUUUCAGAGUCUGUCCUUGCAGUGGCUGGAGAUGAAGAAGUUGUAAGGUUUAUUGACUGUAAUUCACUUGUGUGCCUCUGUGAAUUUAAGGCUCAUGAAAACAGGGUAAAAGACAUUUUCAGUUUUGAAAUUCCAGAGCAUCAUGUUAUUGUUACAGCAUCAAGUGAUGGUUUCAUCAAAAUGUGGAAGCUUAAGCAGGAUAAGAAAGUUCCUCCAUCCCUACUCUGUGAAGUCAACACUAGUGCCAGGCUGACAUGUCUUGGAGUGUGGCUAGACAGAGUGCCAGACACGAAAGAAAGCCUUCCUCCAGAUGGAGAGCCUUCUCCUGCAAGUAAAGAACAGUUCAAAAUCAGCGAAGAGGAAUCUGAUGACACAGCGCAGGAAGAAGAAAAACAGUCAAAACCUAAUGCAAAGAAAUGUGGUUUAACAGAUAACAGCAAUAAGCCAAGAAAAAGAAAUAGCCUGGUGUUAGCCAAGAAGAGGAAAUUGGUAGAAAAGUUAGAAAAGAAGAGGAAAAAGAAGAAAAUAUAAAUGAUGCAGUAAAUC